GCAAAGGUAACCCCGCUGGUUCGGGCGUUUGGCUGUUCCUGUGCCUUGACCCCCGCUUUGGAAAUGGAGCUUUAAUCCCUGGAAGUCCAUGAACAAUGAAUCCAUUUCACACAUCUUGUUGGAACACCUCUGCCGAACUUUUAAACAAAUCCUGGAAUGAAGAGUUUGCUUAUCAAACUGCCAGUGUGGUAGAUACAGUCAUCCUCCCUUCCAUGAUUGGGAUUAUCUGUUCAACAGGGCUGGUUGGCAACAUCCUCAUUGUAUUCACUAUAAUAAGAUCCAGGAAAAAAACAGUCCCUGACAUCUAUAUCUGCAACCUGGCUGUAGCUGAUUUGGUCCACAUAGUUGGAAUGCCUUUUCUUAUUCACCAAUGGGCCCGAGGGGGAGAGUGGGUGUUUGGGGGGCCUCUCUGCACCAUCAUCACAUCCCUGGAUACUUGUAACCAAUUUGCCUGUAGUGCCAUCAUGACUGUAAUGAGUGUGGACAGGUACUUUGCCCUCGUCCAACCAUUUCGACUGACGAGUUGGAGAACAAGGUACAAGACCAUCCGGAUCAAUUUGGGCCUUUGGGCAGCUUCCUUUAUCCUGGCAUUGCCUGUCUGGGUCUACUCGAAGGUCAUCAAAUUUAAAGAUGGUGUCGAGAGUUGUGCUUUUGAUUUGACAUCCCCUGACGAUGUACUCUGGUAUACACUUUAUUUGACGAUAACAACUUUUUUUUUCCCUCUACCCUUGAUUUUGGUGUGCUAUAUUUUAAUUUUAUGCUAUACUUGGGAGAUGUAUCAACAGAAUAAGGAUGCCAGAUGUUGCAAUCCCAGUGUACCAAAACAGAGAGUGAUGAAGUUGACAAAGAUGGUGCUGGUGCUGGUGGCAGUCUUUAUCCUGAGUGCUGCCCCUUAUCAUGUGAUACAACUGGUGAACUUACAGAUGGAACAGCCCACACUGGCCUUCUAUGUGGGUUAUUACCUCUCCAUCUGUCUCAGCUAUGCCAGCAGCAGCAUUAACCCUUUUCUCUACAUCCUGCUGAGUGGAAAUUUCCAGAAACGUCUGCCUCAAAUCCAAAGGAGAGUGACUGAGAAGGAAAUCAACAAUAUGGAAAACACUCUGAAAUCACACUUUUAGGAAAGUACAUGGAUCACCAUGAGUCUAGACAUGACUGUCUAUCUUACUGGUAUUAUUAGAAAGGGCAGGUGUACCAAUAUGUUUAUGCCCAUUCUUCUCGUGUACUUGUGACUCUUAGCAGCAUGGAACAGAAGUGUAACCAUGCAAAUG